GCAGGUGCUCCCAACCCGACCCGAUUUAAGUCUAGGGUUAGGGUUUUGGGGCCUUCUUCCGAGGGGUCUCCGAGCGGAGGGAGCGAGAGAGAGACGAAGAAAGAGGGCGCCGCCGCCGCCGCCGACGCCGCUCUUCCAACAUGGGUAUCUCUCGGGACUCCAUGCACAAGAGGCGUGCCACCGGAGGGAAGAAGAAGUCUUGGAGAAAGAAGCGGAAGUAUGAGUUGGGUCGGCAGCCGGCAAACACAAAGCUUUCGAGCAACAAGACGGUGAGGAGGGUCCGGGUGCGGGGAGGCAAUUUGAAGUGGAGGGCGCUGCGUUUAGACACGGGGAACUAUUCGUGGGGGAGCGAGGCUGUCACCCGCAAGACCCGUAUCCUUGAUGUGGUGUACAAUGCGUCGAACAACGAGCUCGUGAGGACACAGACCCUAGUGAAGAGCGCAAUCGUGCAGGUAGAUGCCGCGCCAUUCAAGCAGUGGUACCUCCAGCACUAUGGUGUUGAUAUAGGGAGGAAGAAGAAGGCCCCCACCAAGAAGGAGGCUACGGAGGGGCAGGAAGGUGAUGGGGUUGCGGAAGAAGCGAAGAAGAGCAACCAUGUAAAGAGGAAGCUCGAGAAGCGUCAGCAGGGCCGUACACUCGACCCCCAUAUCGAGGAGCAGUUCACCGGCGGGAGGUUGUUGGCUUGCAUCUCUUCUCGUCCAGGCCAAUGUGGCCGAGCGGAUGGAUACAUUCUGGAAGGAAAAGAGCUGGAGUUUUACAUGAAGAAGAUCCAGAGGAAGAAGGGAAAGGCCGCCGCUGGCGCUGCAGCUUAAGUGCAUCUGCGUCGGGUAUUCUGCAGUCAAUAUCCCUUUCUUUGAGCUUUUAGGCCGAUAAAAUUUCUUCGGUUCAAAGUUUUCAGGCGUAUAACUUUCGCAGACAAUGCCCUGUAGAGGAACAAGAAGAUUUUGAGCUACAUUGUUUGUUUGUAUUCAUUUAUCAGGGGAACAUUAAAUUAGGGACCGGUUUAGGCAAAUUCAAUUUGGUUUAAUUCUCAGUGCUCUGUUUCAAAGGUACUUCUCCCAGUAGUAUGAAAUCCACUGGUCGGAGAAAUAAUAGGCACGCACAAUUUCUUGCCUUAUCUUGAGUUCAAUACUUUUUUGAAUCGAAUUUCAGUUCAGAAUAAAAUCAUCUUAAUUGAUUGACCA